AUGUGGUGUUCGUUCUCGCAAGCUACGUCCAGCCUAUCCCUUCCUCAUCCAACGACUUGACUACAACCGCCGACACCGGUAGAUGCCGCCACCAACCCCACAUGCGCAUAGCCGCGGUGAACGUGUCCCUGACUCGAACCCUUCCGGCAAUGAUGCGCAGGGCUGGCUGUGGAAGAAAUGUGGUGUGUUCUCGCUGUGGAGGCGGAAGUACUUUGUCCUGUGCGGCCCGCUGCUUUCGUUCUACGACACACUUCCCGACACAUGCUCUGCCAACCCUUCCAUCGUGCUGAGCAGUGGUACGUGCAGUUCGCCUCAAGGGGUUCUUCGCGUCGUGUAUGUCGAGAGCACCUCCAAGGGGUUCAAAGUGUUUGGCUCAAGCGGGAAAGUCAUCCACGUCCGCGCUAAUACUUCCUCGACCGACUUCAAAUGGGUCCAAGUCUGCCAACGCGCAGCGAUGUUGAUGCAGCAGCAGAAGGAGACCCCUUCCCCAUCGGACUGUUCGUCCACAUGCACCGUCCUCAGCGACCACGAUACUUUGAGCAGGAUGAGUGACAGUGUCGAUCGCUCCGGGUGGUUGCGUGGGGACAACGGCAUCAAGUUCUUCGUCCUCCAAGCCACGAUGCUCACGAUGUACGAGAACAAGCAGCCGUGGUGCGUCCCAUCGUACCGCGGCUACAUCUGCUCGGUGGCCAAGAAGGGAUACCAGGACCUCCGCGUCUCGUUGAGCGGCGGCAAGGUGCUCAACCUCCAGGCGCCGACUUCCCAGGAUCGAGAUGACUGGGCCAUGCGACUCUACCAAAGCACCCAGCGGUAGUCGCCGGCCUCCUUACUUAUUCCUUGCUCCCCGUCUCGAAACUCGUAUGUUGUUAAUCUAAUCCACUUGCAAUUGCUUGUCCACA